UGUUCCGGAUUUUUUUCGCCAGCUGAGCUCAAAACAAAGUAGACGUAAGUAAGAUCCUCAGUUACGCGUUAUAUUGCCUUGGAAAUACACCCUCAAGAACUGCCAUCUCGUUUUAAGCGAGUGGCAGGGAGUACAUAAUUCUCAAGCAAACGGAAAAUACAAAAGGACAACCCACUGUCCGCGCACGGGGGAAUCUCUUACCCCCCUUUCUCUCCCCCCUCCCCCCUCAGGCUUUCGCAGUCGCAAACGGGUGGAAUUUAUUUUAAAGGAGGACUGACAUGAACUCAGUGUGGGGAUGGCAUCCGUUAAGAGCAAGACGAGUGCUGGGGCUGAACCCGAGGAGGAGAAUGGAGAUUUGGACCAAUCCUUGCAUCAGAUGCUCAAAGCUAUAGUGGAUGAGAAGAACAGGCUGAGCAUCAGACGUGAGAUCAGUGGAUUAGGGAGUUUUAAGGAUGACCGGAUAGUGUUCUGGACCUGGAUGUUCUCCACUUAUUUCAUGGAGAGAUGGGCCCCCCGACAGGACGACAUGCUCUUCUACGUGCGGAGAAAGCUCUCCUACAUCAGCGAGGAUGACACAGAGGACAAAAAGGUUGAAGUUGAGGUUUAUCGGAGGGAUUCCAAAAAGCUUCCUGGACUGGGAGAACCAGACAUCGACUGGGAGGACAGCGUCUACCUGAACCUCAUUCUGCAGAAGCUGGACUAUGUUGUCACGUGUGCGGUGUGCACGAGGUCGGACGGAGGGGACAUCCAUAUUCACAAAAAGAAGUCACAGCAAGUGUUCGCCUCGCCUAGUAAGAACCCCAUGGACAGCAAGGGUGAGGAAUCCAAAAUGAGCUUCCCAAACAUAUUCUUCAUGAUCGACAGCUUUGAGGAGGUGUUUGGGGACAUGACUGUGGGAGAGGGGGAGAUGGUCUGUGUGGAGCUGGUGGCCAGUGACAAGAACAACACCUUCCAGGGGGUCAUCUUCCAGGGGUCCAUCCGAUACGAAGCUCUCAAGAAGGUCUACGACAACCGGGUUAGCGUAGCAGCGAAAAUGGCUCAGCGGAUGUCCUUCGGGUUUUACAAGUACAACAACAUGGAGUUUGUGCGCAUGAAGGGGCCCCAGGGGAAGGGCCACGCGGAGAUGGCAGUGAGUCGAGUGCCGACCGGCGACACGUCUCCCUACGGCACUGAGGAGGACUCAGACUCUCCUGUACACGAGCGGGUGACUUCCUUCAGUACCCCUCCCACUCCAGAGAGGAACAACCGGCCGUCCUUCUUCUCUCCGUCCCUGAGACGCAAGAUUCCCCGCAACAGGAUCGCCGAGAUGAAGAAAUCCCACUCCGCCAACGAUAGCGAGGAGUUCUUGAGAGAAAACGAAGACAGCGGAGAUCUCCACAACGCCACUAACCUGCGGUCACGCUCUCUGUCAGGCACGGGCCGCUCUCUGGUGGGCUCCUGGCUGAAGCUCAAUAGGAUGGAGGAGUACUUCCUACUCUAUGCACACCUCACGUACGUCACGCUGCCUCUGCAUCGCAUCACAGCAGAUAUUCUAGAAGUGCGACAGAAACCGAUCUUGAUGAUCUAGCAAAAGAGAAGGCCCUGUCUUGGAACCUCACUGCCAAGUGCCUCCCAGAGACAGACAACACUACCACCUAGUGUCUGGAAAGAGAACUACAAAGGGAAAGAACAAAAAAACAAAAAAACAAACCAGCCAAUCAAAAAGUGCCUCUUUCUGCCUUCUUCAGUCCCACGUCCCGCAGGGUGUGCAAACGAGACAUGCUUUCUCUCCGGACUCAGAAGACGUCUUCUUCUAGAGGAGGCAGCUUCAGAAAUCAAAACUAUAAGGCUUUACGAACAACAUCAAACCAUGUUUACUUGAACAGUAUGUUCUGAUCUCUCUCUCUCUCUCUCUCUAUAUAUAUAUAUAUAUAUAUAUAUAUAUAUAAGCGAUAGAGAAUGUGUUGAGGAUUUAAAGAAGAGCCAGAUGGAAUGCCUUCCAUGUUAAUAGAGGAUUUCCAGACUGGCCCUGAGCUCGUCAAGGGUUCUGCUGCUUUGGCAGAAUCUCUGUUUCUGUCUCGGCUUUUAAUAAAAUCUCAUGUUUGUUUUUUCCAUUUCCUCAUAUGGUUGUAAGAUAUGGUGAAAGGGGAGGCCAGUUCUAAUCCUCUUGUGUAUAAAGAGUAUGGUAAAGGUCUUCAGGUCCUUUGCUUGUCCUGUGAGAGGGAUUUGAUACAAAAAGUGAAACUUCCAGAAUGACUUGACUCCCGUUUCUUGUUAUGUAUAAACUGAAUUCACAAUUAAAAGGCAGAGUAUAAACGUGGGUAUUAAAACGAGCAGGGACUGUUUUUUUUUUUUUUUCUUCUUUACUGGUUAGAUGCCCGGUGAGGUGAAGCAGACACCUGCAGGACUGGCCUUUGUCCUCCAACUGACUCUGUUGUGGGGAAUGUCGCGGUGAGGGAAGGUAUUUGGACAUUCUAAAUUGACUAUAUUUCGGAUUCUUUUGACACUUAGGACUAUAAAGUCAACCAUUACUUUUAAAACACUCAGUGUUAUAUUUAGUCAUUUAGUGGGUAAACAUUCUAUAGUUCAAUUUAGUAACACUGUCAGAAACUUUUAGAGGUCUUUCUCAAUGUCUUCAAUGAGCCUGCUGUACAAGGAAGGAUCAGAUAAAAUGGACAUGCAGUCCCCAGCAACCAUGGCUGCUGUGCCAAAACAUUUUCCAGUAUGAAGUCAAAUUCUUUCCAGGACAGAUAUCCAUUUUUAUAGUCUGCCUUCCAAUUUCGAUUUUGUAGAUUGUGUGAAACGACAAAAUUGUACCAGUGAAUUGUGUUAGAAAAACAAGCGCUCAACACUAUUGUUUGGACCACGCUAUACAGCAGGUUCACUUCCUGUGCAGCGGUUAUUUGGACCCUCCUGUGCUUCACAGAUAACUUUACACAUGGGGCUUAAAUCCUGGAGCACAGGAAGUGAAUAGUUGCUAAAAAAGGGAACUUUCUUUGUUAAUUAUGUUAUAGUAUGAGUUUUGUGGUGUAAUAUGGACAAAAUAACAACUGACAAGGAUAAUGAAAGACAGACAGUCAGUAAGGACUUGAGUCACCAGAAAAUUCAAAACAAGCAGCAUACAGGACAAUAGUUAAUGAAGUGUUUUCCGUGUUCAGGAACAAGCUUCCAUUUUCAUCCGGAGAACGCAACAAAGCUCGCUCUGUAGAAUCUGCUACAGUACGUUUGUGCUCUUUUAAAGUAUUUUGACACUUGACUUUAAAGGUUUUUUUUUUCUUGGUGUUUUUUAGCAAAAGCCGACUUUGAACAAAAUAAAAAGGACAUUUUAAAAAGGAGAAUCCCACACUGUGGUAGACAUAAUUCAGAUGCUUUAAUCUUGGGAUGAGUAUUGCGUUUACAUUCAUUAAAGAAAUAAUAAAAUCAAA